AUUGUUUAUAAAUUUUCAGAUAAACCAGGAAGUGUGCAAAAUUCUCAAUAUCAAACGAAGUCUGUGUUCCCCAUACCAUCCCCAAACAAAUGGGUUGGUUGAAAAAAUGAAUGGGACCAUUCAAAGAGCUCUGAGUAAAGCUGUGGAUGGCCAUCCACACACCUGGGAUGAGUAUUUGGAUGCUGUGAUGUUUGGGAUACGCACCAAAAAACAAAUAACCACACAGUAUUCCCCAUACUUCCUCAUGUUUGGAAGAGAGGCACGCUAUCCCUCGGAAGUCCCUGAACAUUACAUGAUUGACGGUGCUGUGGAGGACAUCGUUGGAGUGGAGGAGUUGGCAGAGGAGGUCAAAAUACAAGAAAGCCUGAGGAGCAUUGUCAGCGACAGUGUUUCCAAAAAACAGGAGAAAGCAAAGGGCAGAGCACAACACAUUGGCACUGUGUUUAAACCUGGUGACCGAGUGUGGAGGCAGAACAUACGCAGUCAGCAGAGAAAAGGUGGGAAAUUGGAUGCUGGUUUUCUCGGACCCUAUACAGUCAUCAGUAUCCAAGGCAAAAAUGCAGACAUUCAAGAUGAUAAUGGUGUGAUAUUCCGGAAGAUAAACACUGACCAUCUGAAAAUCUGCAUUAGAGAGAGUCCCCGACUGCCACAUUGUUUAAAAAAUCAAGGAAGCAAAAUAAAUUUUGCUCAACCCCUGGCUGAUGCAGCACUACCGCCUUAUGAUACAACAUCACCCCCCUCUGCUCCAGCAUCACCCCUCUCUGCUCCAGCAUCACCCCCCUCUGCUCCAGCAUCACCCCCCUCUGCUCCAGCAUCACCCCUCUCUGCUCCAGCAUCACCCCUCUCUGCUCCAGCAUCACCCCCCUCUGCUCCAGCAUCACCCCUCUCUGCUCCAGCAUCACCCCCCUCUGCUCCAGCAUCACCCCUCUCUGCUCCAGUGUCAUCUCCCCCUGCUCCAUCAUCUGCUACCCAGAGAAGCUCUCUAGCAGAGAAAUAUGUGCAUGAUGCUUUUACUGGAAAAAACGUCUUUGUCCUUCUGUCAAAAGUGAAUGCAUAUAAGUUGUUUUACUUUGACAUUAAUAAAAUUGGUCCUCACAUGGAACUGGAGAGUCAGUCUAUUAAUGCAUUUCUGGCCGUCAUCGUGAAGGAAUACAACAGCAAGAACACAGGACAGGCUGUGUUCAUAGAUUCAUUUGCAAUGACAGCAAUGUGGCAGGGAAAAAGUCCUAGAUUAAAAAAGAUGAACCCAAUGAAUUAUGAAAUAAUUCUGGGAAUCAACAAUCAACACCACCACUGGACUUUAGUGGUGAUCUACCCACAAGAGAAAAAGUCUUUGUUCUUGAAUCCACUGGGGGAAUCAAAACAAGACAUCCAGAAAUGCUUGCAAAUCACAAGGGCAUUUAUGAGGAAGAAGGGGUGCAAUGUCUCACGUUGGACAUGUGACACAGUCAAGCAUCCAAAACAACAAGAUAUUACAUCAUGUGGUGUAUUUUCACUGAAGUUUGCAGAAAAAAUCCUGUCAAAAGAGGUUGUUGAUUUUCCUGUUUCCAGAGAGGCGGUCCACAGCAUGAGGUUGGAAAUUGCUGUGAGACUAAUCCUUAACAGUGAGGACCUAAAAGACUUGUGUCACUUCUGUGGAGAGAUGGAAAGUGACACGGAUGUGAACUGGAUCCAGUGUGACGUGUGUCUGAGGUGGUUCCAUCAUGCGUGUGUGGGAAGCCCACCAACUGAAAAAACAUAUCACUGCUUUGCCUGUUUGCCUUAGUUGCCUUUGUUCCUGAGAUUGCUGUGGUGUGCUGGUUUAUGUAUGUUGUUUAAAGGUUAAUAAAUUACAUUUUGAAAACUGUUUGAUAUUUAUACUUACAAGACUUUGAUAUAAGGCAGCUAUGGAAAAAAGUUUAAAUCCCAAAGCCCCUCAUAACUUUGUCAAAUAAAGAGCAAAUGUUACCAAAUUCACAGGAUUU